AUGGAGUGUGUUAAGAAUGGUCAAAAGGUGCAUGUUAAUUUCUCCAUUGAGUCGCGUGUCGCUGAUAACUCUGUUUCGGAACCAGCCACAUAUCCUUUAAUCGUAACAAGAGAAAUUGUUGACAAAGCGUUGGUUGUUGUCAUUCCAGCAGUUAAAAAUACUGCUGAAUUUGUAACUAUACCAGAUGUGACUUGGGCUGAUGUCGGUGGUCUCGAAACAACUAGACAACAAUUAUACAAUCGCUUUAUGCUUCUAAUCGACGAUUGGGAACGCGCUCAGGUUUUGCAUCGACGUUCUGGAGGUGUACUACUUGAGGGUCCACCUGGAUGUGGGAAAACACUCGUAGCUAAAGCUCUAUCCAAUCAAGCUGGUCUCAAUUUCCUGUCGGUUAAAGGUCCAGAAGUCCUUAAUAAAUUCCAAGGUGAAAGCGAACGUCGUAUUCGAGAAAUCUUUGAAAGAGCACGUGCUUGUCAACCAUGUCUGAUUUUCUUCGAUGAAAUAGAUGCUAUCUGUCCAAGACGCGAUAGUGAUGAAUCUACAGGCAGUCGAGUUAGUUUGGUUAAUCAGCUUCUGGUUGAAUUGGAUGGUAUUGACAAACAUAGAUCAGGUCGCGUUUUUGUUGUUGGUGCUACUAAUCGCAAAGAUAUGAUUGAUCCUGCCAUACUUCGUCCUGGACGUCUGGGCUUACAUUUGAUGAUCAACCCACCGUCUAAUGUGAAAGAACGUCUCUCUGUUUUAUCAGCUUGUACUCGGUCUGCAACUACUCCUCGUAUUGAGAAUGGUAUGCUGUCACUAGAACUCAUUGCAAAUGAUUCACGCACUGAGAGAAUGAGCGGUGCUGAUCUAGAAAAUUUAUUGGAAUUAGCUAAGCAGAAGGCUCAAAUUGCAAGACAAGAUUUUGUUUCACAAGCCAACUUACUUGAUGCAUUAUCUGAGUUACAUAAAUAA